AUGAUGUCCGCAAGGGGUAGACCUUUUGCAGAAGCAAUCAAGAUAGGGGAAAUGGUCGAAAAUGGCCUCAAGACUGGCAGAAUUGUAAGUCAAGCCGCUCUCAAAGCCACCACUCAGUUGCCUUUUGCUCUUUUGGGAUACCACACGACUGUUCGCACAUCUGUUGCUGCAACUCUGUAUCUGCUUGUAUAUGGAACUGAAGCUGUAAUACCCGCUGAAGUCGAAAUUCCCUCUUUUCGAAUUAUUGUGGAAUUAGAGAUUGAAGACACUGAGUGGGUUAAGACCCGAUUAGAACAACUGAUGUUGAUCGAUGAAAAACGGCUAGCAGCAGUGUGUUUCGGCCAGUUAUACCAGCAAAGAAUGGCACGCGCUUACAAUAAGAAAAUGCGCCCAAGGUAG